AUGCGAACCGAAGCCCGACGCAAAAAUCUUCUUAUUUUGAUUUUACAUUAUUUAACUGAAGAAGGGUAUGUCGAUGCUGCUAACGCCCUGGAGCGCGAAACAAAGUUUGGGUUGCAUCGUUUUGAAGUUUGCGACAAUGUUGAUCUUGAGACCAUUUUGAUGGAAUAUGAAAGCUACUACUAUGUCAAGUUCCAAAAGUACCCCAAGAUUAUCAAGAAAGCUGUAGACUCCACAGAUGAUAAAUCAAGAAUUGGAGGGAAAUCAAAAAGGGCAUCUAGUAGCACAUGCCGGAAUCUUCCCAAGAUUAGCCAGCAUCACGGGAGACCACGGUCCAAAGUGUCGCCCACAGGAGUAGCAGAGCUCAAGGCCUCCUGCAAGGAAAGCUCUAAGCAGGAGAAUGAAGAUCCUUUAAGCAGAGUAGCAUCGGAGUUUGGUUUAAACGUAUCUGCAAUCCACAAAGGAGGUGGAGAAGGCCCUCGUUCUAAAAGAGGCCAAAUCAUUGACUUCCGUGGGCUAAUUCAUGAUGCUAUCAAAGGAGCUUCCAGUGAAAUUGCCUUGCACAGCCUUAACUGCAAUCCAGAUCCUUCAGAACGGCUGUUGAAACCUUUGGGUGCCUUACUUGGGAUGACAGCUGAAAUGAGGGAGCUUGCAACAGUUGUUAGCAAGGAUAUCUAUCUUCAUAACCCCAAUGUGAAAUGGAAUGAUAUUAUUGGACUUGAUGCAGCCAAGCGGUUAGUCAAGGAAGCUGUUGUUUAUCCCAUAAGGUACCCACAGUUGUUUACAGGCAUUCUUUCUCCGUGGAAGGGACUUUUACUAUACGGGCCUCCAGGUACUGGGAAAACUUUGCUGGCUAAAGCUGUUGCCACUGAAUGCAAUACAACGUUCUUCAACAUCUCAGCGUCCACCAUUGUCAGCAAAUGGAGGGGUGAUUCAGAAAAGCUUGUCAAAGUAUUAUUUGAACUUGCCCGCUACCAUGCACCUUCCACAAUCUUCCUGGAUGAGCUGGAGUCAGUCAUGAGCCAGCGAGGCACUGUUCCAGGUGGUGAACAUGAAGGGAGCCGGCGGAUGAAAACAGAAUUAUUGGUGCAGAUGGACGGCUUGGCCCGAUCCGAUGAUCUUGUCUUUGUUUUAGCGGCUUCCAACCUGCCCUGGGAACUGGAUUACGCCAUGCUGCGCCGACUGGAGAAAAGGAUUCUAGUUGACCUCCCAAAUAAAGAGGCAAGGCAGGCGAUGGUCCAGCAUUGGCUUCCCCCAGUGAGCAACAGUGGAGGAGUGGAGUUGAGGACAGAGCUGAAUUAUACUUUGCUCAGUCAGGAGAUGGAAGGCUACUCUGGGUCGGACAUUAAGCUGGUCUGCAAAGAAGCGGCUAUGCGUCCUGUGAGAAAAGUCUUCAACGCUCUUGAAAAUCAUCAGCCAGACAGUGGGAACUUACCUGUGAUCCAGUUGGACACUGUCACAACUGAAGACUUCCUGGAUGUCAUCUCUCAUACCAAGCCCUCUGCUAAGAACCUAAGUCAAAAAUACGUUGACUGGCAAAGAGAAUUUGAGUCAGUCUGAGCUGAGUUUAAGAUCUGAAACAAUUAUCCAAGUUUCCAAUUUUUCCACCCCACCCCAAAAGGCAGUCCCAACAAAUUUCUACCGAGUAUUUUUUUUUUACCGAGAGGAAACUUCAGUC